GGCCAACCCGGGAAUCUACUUUUAUCGGAAAGUUUUUUGAUAAGAUAAGUUCCCCCGCCACGUGACUGCUCCACCGAUCGGAGUCACUCAACUUUUUUUUCUGCCUCGUCCUUCCACCCCUCUUGCGGCAUCGUUCACGUCUGUCGUCACCACAAAUUCUACGGUCGGUCGCUGCAAAGAUGAAGUACGUUCUGGUCUCUGGAGGUGUCAUUUCCGGCGUGGGCAAGGGCAUUAUUGCCUCCAGCACCGGUCUGCUCCUCAAAACUACUGGUCUUACGGUUACCAGUAUCAAGAUCGACCCUUACAUCAACAUCGAUGCGGGCACUAUGGCACCUACCGAACACGGUGAGGUCUAUGUCACUGAUGACGGCGGUGAAAUGGACCUUGACCUUGGCAACUACGAGCGCUACCUGCUCACGUCGCUCACUCGGGACCACAACAUCACCACGGGAAAGGUGUACCAGGAUGUCAUCAACCGCGAGCGUAUCGGCCACUACUUGGGCAAGACCGUCCAGGUCGUGCCCCACAUCACCGACGCCAUCCAGGAAUGGAUUGAGCGCGUCGCCCGGAUCCCCGUUGACGAGUCCCGCGCCGAGCCGGACGUCUGCAUUAUCGAGCUGGGCGGUACCGUCGGAGACAUUGAGAGUGCUCCCUUCAUCCACGCCCUGAGCCAGCUGCAGCGUAAGGCCGGCAAGGGCAACUUUGUCCAGAUCCACGUCUCCUACGUGCCGGUCAUCCCCCCCGGACCCGGUGGUGAGCAGAAGACGAAACCCACACAGAGAGCCAUCAGCGACGUGCGGAGUGCCGGUCUCAGCCCGGACCUGAUUGCCUGUCGCUGCGAGCAGCCCCUCGAGGCGAGCACGAUCCAGAAGAUCGCCAACAUGUGCUCGGUCGAGCAACACCAGGUCAUCGCUGUGCACAACGUGACGACGACGUAUCACGUCCCCCUUCUGCUGGAGAAGCAGAAGCUCAUCAACACAAUCACCCAGAUGCUCGAUCUCACGCCGAUCCAACCCGCCCCCGAGCGGAUCGAGCGCGGCAGCCGCAUGUGGAAGGACUGGGUCGACCUCGCCCAGGGACAGGAUUUCCUGCACGACCCGGUGACCAUUGCCCUGGUUGGCAAGUACACCUCCCUCCACGACGCCUACAUCAGUGUGUCCAAGGCCCUCGAGCACGCCGCCAUGUUCUGCCACAAGAAGGUCAAGAUCAUCUGGGUGGACUCGUCGCACUUGGAGGACGGAACCGCCCCCGCCGACUACCACAAGGCGUGGCAUUCCGUAUGCACCGCGGACGGUGUUCUGGUGCCCGGUGGCUUCGGCAACCGCGGUACGGAGGGUAUGAUGAAGGCCAUCACGUGGGCCCGGACCAACAAGAAGCCCUUCCUGGGAGUCUGUCUGGGUAUGCAGCUGGCUGUCCUGGAGUACUGCCGCAACGUGGUAGGCAUCGAGGACGUCGGCAGCGAGGAGCUGCACCCGGCGGCCGAGAACCACGCCAUCGUCUACAUGCCCGAGGUCGACAAGGGCAAGCUUGGCGGGACGAUGCGUCUUGGCAAGCACCCCUGUAUCUUCCAGGAGAACACCGAAUGGUCCCGCCUGCGGGGCAUGUACGGCCCCUCGGUCUCGCAGAUUGAGGAGCGCCACCGUCACCGCUACGAGGUCAACCCGGCCAUGAUCGAGCAGAUCGAGAAGGCCGGUCUCACCUUCAUUGGCAAGGACACCAAGGGUGAGCGGAUGGAGAUUGUCGAAAUCAAGGACCACCCCUGGUUUGUCGGCGUCCAGUUCCACCCGGAGUACCUGAGCCGUGUCUUGAGCCCCAGCCGGGCCUUCCUCGGUUUCUUCGCUGCCGCCGCCGGCUGCCUGGACGAGGUCUCCAAGGCCGUCGUCCAGGGCCAGCGCAGUGUUGCUCGCAAGCAAUAG